CUCGCAUUUGCGAAAUCCAUAAUGCCCAUAAGCCGCGUGGCUAUCUAUAAAGGGCGAACGGAUGAUUCAAUCAGUUUAUCCAGUGAUGAUGCGAUCGUAGGUAAUAUGUCGCCAUCGCCCACGCCAGCUUGCGCAACGGGCAUCUGUUGCGGCGAUACGAAGACGUCGCGAGAAGAGUCGCCAGCCAAAGCCUCCGAGGAGCAAGGAGCCAUCGAGAAUCGAGCUUCGGCCCUCCUCUCCCUCCUACCGCCACCCCGAAGACCUCCGUUCGCCCCUUGCGCUGCUGCAUACGACACUUUCUUCCGAGGUGAUCGGAUCUAUGAUUCGAUUGCGAAAGCGCAUUCCGCGCAUAUUAUUAACCCGACCCAAGUAUAUGGUGUCGCCCAUACACACGUACACAAACGACCGAAUCUAUGCGUAACUAAUUCGUAAUAUUCGCAAUAUCGGCCAAAUUUUUCAAAAUUCUCAAACUGCUGUGUAUAAUACCGACGACAGACGAUUUCGGUUUCGAUCAAUGAUUAUGCAAUAUCUUUUUUUUUUUUCCUACAACUCCGAAUUUCACGAUGCGAGAAUUGUGGGAGUAUAGAUUUGUUCAUGAGAAUUUGGAAUGUUUUUUUAUUUUUUCGUAUUUGUUGUUUUUGAGAGCUUCUGCGUAUA